AAGAUUUUUCAGAUGGACUCCGAUGAGGACGGGUUUGAUUAUGAGGACGGAGAAGAGGAAGAUUUAUAUUUGACAGAACCUAAACAGAUUCUUUAUGAUAUAGUUCCGUAUAGAGAAUGGGAACAGGAACCAGAGGUUUGUAAGUAUCCUGACAAGCCUACAAGAGCUGGAUAUUGGCCGUUUAACUCCGCUCCUAUUUCUCCUUUGCCCACCCUGACCGAGAGUAUUCUUUCCCACAGGAUUCCCUGGAUCUUUGCGGUCAGCCAGGAUGCAAAUCUGGUCGCUGUACUUCAGGAUACUGUACUGGAGGUUUGGCACAGCAAGGAUAGUUAUGGAACUAUGGUUGGAAGACGAGGGGUGAGAAAGGACCCUGCUCCGUCCUGGAGAUCACUAGCCUGGAGUGAGGACGCUCAGCUCCUGGCUGUAGGAUUCUCUGACGGAGCUAUUGAACUCUGUGAUACAUUAGGAAGUUUAAUCUAUCAGAUAAUAACGCCUCAGAUUCCCUCCAGUCAACCUGGGUUCAAGGAUACCAUCAGAAGGGAGGCCUGCAGUUUAUCAUAUGUUUCUAUAUUCUUCACAAAUACAAGGCUCCGGGAUAAAAAAUGGAUGAGUGAGUUGGUUCUAGUUGAUGUUGGAGGACGGAUAAAUAGUUUUCUUGUUUCAUCUUCAGGAUACCAGGAAUUAAGCAGUUAUUCCGUUGGAUGGAAUCUAACCUCUGCCGUAUUCUCUACACCAAAUAAUAUAUUGAUAACAGCAGGAAAAUCUCCCUUGUGUGGUAAAUCUAGUUUAGUUGGUAGAGCAAGCCAUUCCGGGAUAUUAGCUUACAGACUGAUAAACGAUGCUCCGCAUUAUGUGAGUAUCAUGGAUGAAUCUGAACUCCGAGCUCUGAACACAAGAUCAUUCCAUCUUCCAUUCAUUGCAUCACCUCCACAAGAAGAAAUAAUUAUCAGGAUGUGUGUAUCCGAGAAUGGUGGAAGGUUGGGAGCUGUCCACGAGUCCGGAGCUAUCUCUGUUUGGGUUCUGCCUGGAUUCAUCCUUGUAUCCCUCACCAAGCUCUCGGAGCAGCCUGGGUUCGAUGAGAUGAACCCACAACUUCUCCAGGUUCAGAACAAGAAGAAAAUGAAAGCAGAGUUCCUUGCAAAUCCUUUCAGAUUCCAUCCUGUGGAUAUCUCGUGGUGGAACGAGGAAAGUUUAAUUAUCUCAAGGAUCUCCGGAGCUCUAUCCGUCCUACGGAUGGAAGAUCUAGACAAUCUUCUCGGAGAUGCUCCAGAGUUUUUAGAUGGAGUUCCCCGCAUUUCUCAAUCCUUUGAGAAAGGUUUCUUUGCUCUGGAGUGUGAAUCUGCAGUGAAAGGAAGAAGACCUUCGACGAUUGACGAUUCGGCCGGCGAGGAUCCCGACGUGGAGUUGGAUGUUGAUAGCGAUGACGAGGACGGUUCCUGGAUCUCCCUGGGGAAACGGUCCGCCUCCGCCAUCGCAUAUUUCAUGACAGAUAACGAAAGAUUUGCCCCGCCGAAGAAAAAAUCAAAGAUAAUGCGAAAAACGUUCCGACUGAUAGCCUUGGUUUCAACCAACCCUGAGGAGCUCUACGGAAGAAAGAUCGACUCCGAAGAGUAUGGUGAAGCUAUCAUGCUCGCUCAGCAUUACAAGCUUGACACGGAUCCGGUAUAUGAACGCCAGUGGCGGAAAUCCAACAAGUCGGUGGCAGCUAUCCACGAUUAUCUCAGUAAGAUAUCACGACGUGCAACUGUGUUUAAUGAAUGUUUGGAAACUAUACCUAUGGAUAUUGAUGCUGCAAGGGAGCUGCUUAGAUACGGUUUGUCUGGAACAGAUCUGGAAUCUCUGAUUUCUAUAGAAAACGAGGAUUCAGGGAAAUAUAUUUCUUGUACAAGGGAGAGCUUACUGGAUGACUGGGAGGACGGAUUGAGCCCUGAGGAGCAGGAGAAACGGAAACUAAGAAAAGAGAGAGAGGAGAGGAUGAAACUGAUAUCCAGAGUGAAAUGGCAAAGUUUAAAUCCUUCCCAGAUAGCCUUGAUCGGUUCCAGAUUAAAGCUUCUCUACUACUUGGAUAUACUAGAUAUCUACGAGGAUAUCCUUGGAGGAGGACAGUUUGCAGCAGACAGGUUUCAACCUGCUCAGUACAGACGGAUGAGAUCAUUAACUCCGUUAGAGAACUGUCUACUAGCCGCUAGGAGCAGUGAUUCUCUCACCAUAUCUGCUUUCUUCUCUGGCGUUCACGCUAAACUUGUCCUUCCUCAUUGGCUACCAAUCCUUAGUGUCAUCCCUGAGACAACAAAAGCAUCACUUUUUCAGGAUAUCCUGCCCGGGUUGAAUAUGGAUGGAAAGUGUAUCCCUUGGAUAAAUGUAGAGAGUAGAGAACCGGACUGGGCUGAGCAACCACUUUGCUCCAAGUGGUCCGGGCACAGGGUUGAAUAUGACACUUCUAUUCUGUAUGAAGAAGACUCAGCUCUGCAAGGUUUCAACUCGACCAACCUGACUCCGGGUCUAAUAUCUCAGUGGUAUGAGUGGAGAGCUCGGAAAAUCACAGAGAAAACAAGUUUACCAGAGCUAGGAUUGGAUCUACUGCAACAGGGUCUAGAGAGGAACGUGAGGAUAAACGCAACCUUAGUGAACAAUCUCCGAACCUUGGAUGCACUGGUCUACGAGGUUCAGAUUAACAUCAACCUGGAGACAUUCGAGAAAAUGUCAACCCUGGAGCAGAUGGAUUGUUUGAUGUCGAGAAGGUUUGAUCUUCUAACUGAUAUCCGUAGUCUUCUUGUCCCUUUCCUGUACAGGUUGGGUGAUUCCAAUCAGGAAGAUUUCUACAGUACUCUCUCUGACUUCUGUCUAGACCAGGCAAGGACGGAUCUAAGUAUACCUGUAGCUGUUAUAGAGAACAGCGGACCCUGGUGCCAGGGACCUAUUCUCCAGGAACCAAGGGAUAUUGUUAAACUAGCUCUGGAGUCGUGUUACUCCCACCAGUCCGGAGCUCAGAUGGAGUUUAUUGAUAGAAUUUCGAGAUGUAUCGAGGAAUAUUAUGAAGUUGCUCCGGGUAGACCAAGACUAGAUUUUAUCCAGGAUCACAAGCUAGACCGGGAGAUAUUUAAAAACUUCAUGCAGCAUCUUGAAAUUAGUAAGAUAUUAAGCAAAAAUGGCGUCAGUAGGCCGUUAUCUCUUUUCAAAACAAAUAAGUCAGACCGAGAAGUAAUGCAGAAGGUUUUCGAGGCCGUCACAUGUCAGGCAGAGGCUGCUAAACCCUCCCUGGAUCAGGACGGAUGGAGAACUGUGCUCAGAGAUCUUCAACGUCUUCAGAAACUGAUCCCAGUGGUUCCAAUACAGAGAGUGUUCUACAUGUUCUGUGAGAGUUUACUCUCCUCCGGGUCUCCGGCCAACAUUGAUCUGGCCGGAGAUGUUCUCCAGUCCAUGAUGGAACCAAAAGAUCAGGUUUCAUUAAUUAUCACCGCCUGGACACAUUAUUUCAGUACCAGCUCAAACCUGAACGAUCCUAACAUUAAGCUUGCCAAACAUUGUCUCUGCCUUAUCAAGUCUAGUGCUAAGGAAAUUAUUGACUGUGGGGAUUUGAUCAGCUCUCUCCAAUCCCUGGCCGACUUUGGACUUCCACAUAUCCAUCCUGUAACUGUUCUUAAUGCUAAGAACAGAUUGGAUUUUGUUGUUCAAGCAUUGAAUGCCAAACCUCAUGCAUACAAGAACUCUCAAAGGCUGAUGAAGUUGGCCACCCUGUUGAAAGCUGAGAGUAUAGAUAAACUGGAAGGCUUGGUUUGGACUCUAGUUGCUAGAAAAGCUCUGGAGGUUGGGGACUUCAACGCCUGUCAGACAGCAUGUAACAAUAUUAUUCAGGGCGGGUAUACUCCGGGUUGGGACGUGUGCUUUGCUCUCGGAGUUAAAGGGGAGCUCUCAGAUCUACAAAAGAGCCUGGAUCUUCUCUCCUUCUCAGUGACCCACUGUGAUCCAGGAAAUAUUGAGAAUGUUGUUCUGUCUCUUCUUAAAGUUGAACAAAAAUUACUCCACUCAACUAUAUCCGCCAAGGCGGAGACCACGGGAGAGGAUGUGUUCACAGAUGUAGAAGACGAGUCCGAGGAUAAGUUUGAAGAUUCAGUAGAAAACAUAAAUCCUAGAUCUAGGUCGCCAUUUCCUUAUGUUAGUGAUGUUAAGAAUACGUUGUUUAACGUGACCCGUCUGUCUACAGCCUAUCUAGUUGAUAAUGAGAUUAGUAGAUCUGUACUAGCUAGUACCACAUCUUUGAUUCAGAAUAUAGCUAGGAAACAAACUACAGACAGCUACGUUGAUGUUGACAUGACAAGCUUCAAUAGUUUCAGGUUUCCCGCAUUUUAUUCAUCACUGUUUACAGACAAUGCCGAUGUGAAUGAGAGUUUGGUGGAUUUUAACUUCAGAAAAUAUUCUUUGCCAAGAAUUGAGAAUAAUUUAUCAGUUGCGUCUCAGCAAGGGUUACGUUCACAGCUUCUCUCCGGGGUGCUUCUAGAUCUUUUCUCCAACACCGAGCCUACUGAGAGAGUUGUUCCAGAGGAACUUUUGAAAGAAUUAAUUCCUGUAAUAGCAGGACAGGAUAUUUUUCAGGGAUUGGGAUUAUUGGUUUCUCUGGUAGAGGAAACCAACAGGAAACCUCUGCUCCUGUCUCUACCUCAAACUGUUCCCAGCCUAAACUUUAUCCUCACCUACCUGGCUAUUUUAAUCAACCAGAAGAUGGGGAUUAACCAGAAACAGAUAUUUCAGACUACGCCAACCAAUCUCCUGAAAAACGCAAUAAAAGGAGCUGAAGAGAAGGCUGAUAUAGAACCUGAUCUUAAACUUCUCCAUGAGGUCCUAGAACUAGCAGUAGAUUACAACCAGGCCACUAUCUUAGGUCAGGCCGGAGAUGUGGACAUUCAAAGAUUUACAAGGGAUCAUCAAUACCAGGAGGAUACGAUCCUUGGUUUAGCUCGGUUUCUUGAACCGGAGAACUGGGAGUUCACGUGCACACUGGCUAAACGUUAUAAAGUGGAUACUUGGAUAAUAGCAGCCACUCAUACAGAGGCAAUCUUUGUUGAGAGUGAGGACACCACAUAUAUUCGGAAUAUUCUGGAGAAAAGAGAUCUCUGUAAAACCUUGCAGCUCAACCCUACUCGAUGGAGGGACUGGAGUACUGAGAGAAUAUUCCCACUUCUAGAUGGAACUAAUCAGGAUAAACUUAUCCUCUAUUUUCAUCUCAUGUAUGACGUGACGAAAGAUGAAAAAUAUUUAUCUGACAAAGAAGCGCUUAGUUUACUCGGAGCAGGACGGGUUAAUAUUGAUUAUAUUCGUCUUGUAAACGGAGAUUUAUCAGUUCUUGAUCCGCUUGACUCCAGUAGUAUGGAGGUGGUUGCUAAGGUCGUGGAGAAAUUACCUGAGAUGGAAGGAAGAAAUCUUACAAGUUCAAAGAUUUAUCUUGUCUUUGCUGAGAAGGAAUUUUUCCGUAGACGAGCUGAAUAUGAUAAUUGGAUCGAGUCCUUCUCCAAUAUCCAGGAUACUCUGGAGAAACUAGACCCAGAGAGUUUUAAGCUUUUCAUGAUUACAGUUCUGUUGUCGGAGAAAAGUUUAUCUGUUAUAAACCGCGGAUCUCGGAGUAGGAUAAUGAAGAAAUCUAUCAAGUUUAUAGAAAUCAAGAUUGCGGAGAAGGCUGUAGGAGACUGGACUGGAGUACUAACCUGGGCUCAGAAACUUAAAUCUCAUCUAGACAAACUUACCUCUAAACUAACAGAAGGAAUCCUUGGAUCUCUGGAGCUAGGUGAUAUGGAUGCAGUUAAUAGGUUUGAACUGACAGGAGGAGAGAAUUCGAAAAUUUUAAACUUUCUUGUAAACCUAGUUCACACUGGAGCAGAGCAAAGUUUAAUCAUGAAACUGAUUGCAAUCUGGAAACAGGAUGAGAUGGUAGUAGAUGAAGGGUUUGCUCAAAUAUUUUCGUUUUCUGUCGAAUCCCUAAAAUCAGGAUCAGAUAUCAGCCACAACUUGACUCUCUGCAUUCAGAGGAUGCUGGAUGAGUUUGAAGUUUGUCCAGAGAAUCUGAGAAACGUUCUUACUCCGCUCUGCACGCUUGAAACAAUAUCCGUCUCCGACAGAUUGACAUUUGUUCAGAUUUUAAAGAAAACUAAGACAGCAGAAGAGCGUGAGGAAGAGUUUGAUAGCAGUUUUCUCUCCGAGCUGUACCAGGUCCAGGAGAAGGUUCAGGGUAUAGUUCCAGACUUCAAGGUCUUAGAACAGGAUAUUGAGAGUGAUGAAAAUAAGAUAAAACUGUUCUCAAGGUUGAUAGAAAAGUGUGUAACGUGCAAACAGUUCCGGGAGCUGUCAGAGUACUUACUGGAGUAUUUCUCGGAGGAUAAACCGAACUGCAGGAAAUGUCUUCUGAACCUUAUCAAUAAAGGAUUGGGUUUAAAUCUAGGAACAAUUCCUUCUUUAAAUCUGAUCCUACAAGUUGCCGAAUAUUUAACAGAUGAGGAAGUACAAACCAUCCUGACUACUUGUGCUGGAACGAAGGAAGAACUUUAUAUAAUGCUGAUUUUGAAACUAAAGAAGAAGGAAAGAUAUAAUGAAAUCUGCAAGAUGGUAACAAAACUUGAGUCGGUUGAGGAUGAAACCCUGGUUGGAUUGGUGGAGGAAGGGUUAGGAGCUGAGCUUGCAACCUCUGCUCUGUAUCCGAGGUUGGUGGAGGCUGUGCUGGGAGCAGAGUUAGGAUCAGAUCUUGUCAGUCAGCUGACCCAGGCUGGUCAAACUCCACUAGCAUUAGCUUUACAGCUUCUGUCCUCUGGUGUACCUGGAGCUUUGAGAACAAUGGCCUCAUUCCGGUUCCUAAAUCCUAAGUAGUUCCAAAACCCUACUUAUUAAAACCUACACUUUCAAAAUCGUACAGAUGAAAAGAAAGUUGUAUUUGUACAAUGUUUUUGUUUAAUGUAAUGGAUAAAUCACCUCUGCUCAGCAGGAACGGAGAAGUGUGAUCCAUCCUGUGAUAAUAUAUGCUUGUAGUUUUU